UGCAGGUGAACAGAGCUGCAGAAAGAGAGGGGGCAUUCUCAGAUUUCCCGACUUCUCCCAGCCGCUCCGCUGAUUCCACAUCACCGCGGCGAUCCGAAACGACAUGCGCUCAGCUCUCCUCGAUUCCCCGGCCGUUUCUCAAAACGACCACCGAUAACGGUUGAUGUAGCUGCAAAUGAGAUAUUCUGCUGCUGGAAUGACGUGACCCUAUUCGUCUCCCGAAAUCGUUCUGCAAUCAAGAAUAUUCAUCAAAACCUAGCCAGGACAUGGUUGGGAAGCUCGCAUGAUGAGAAGGUGAUGGAGUCUUCCAUCAUUUUUACCCCCCACUGACUCGUCCUGUCAGCUUUUCAUCAGAGGCAGAAGUGUGUACCAGUGAUCCAAGGCCUCCACUUCUCUGCCAUGGUGACAUAAGCGGCAUUGCAAAAUGAGGUCACAGCUCACCGUUUUCAACCCUCCUGCGGGGGGAGCGGUGCGGCGAGAGACGAUGCUGGGAUGCGUGACCCGCCUCCGUCGGCUGGUCCGUCUCCUCCCUCUGCAGAUGUCCCUCCUCCUCCUCUUUCUCUUCUGCACUGUCAGCGUCUUCAUCUCGGCCUACUUCCUUUAUGGCGUCAAGCGGGAGCUAGAGCCAUCAGUAGUGGGCGUGUCUGGUUCAGAGGGAGCUUCGGCCGACUCGGACGACCUGAGGGUCACGCCAUCUCGACUUUUACCGCUGCGUAGCGUCUCUGGAGGCCCCGGGGUGGAUCCUGCCGGGGCCAGGACAGAUCCGUAGUACUGGUCUUUGUGGAAAAGUCAGUAUUCGCAACUGGGUCAGGAGAUUGUGGCCAUUUUAGAGGAUGGCCGCUUCCAGUACCGGACUGAGAUAUCUCCCGGGAAAGGGGACAUGCCAACAUUGACGGACAAGGAGAGAGGACGUUUCACACUGGUGAUUUACGAAAACAUUCUCAAGUAUGUUAACCUGGACGCGUGGAACCGAGAGCUGCUGGAUAAGUACUGUGUGGAAUAUGGAGUGGGCAUCAUUGGCUUCUUCAAGGCCAACGAGAACAGUCUGCUGAGUGCGCAGCUGAAAGGAUUCCCGCUCUUUCUCCACUCCAACUUGGGUCUAAAGGACUGCUCGGUUAACCCCAAGUCACCCCUACUCUUUAUCACCCGAUCCGGACAGCCGCUGCCCGGGCCUCUCCCUGGAGAUGACUGGACCGUCUUCCAAUCCAACCACUCGACGUACGAGCCAGUGUUGCUCGCCAAAACUCAAUCGGCGGAGAGCAUUCCGUCCAUGGGACAGAAUGCUGCUCUGCUCCCGUCGGUGGUGCAGGACUUGGGCCUUCACGAUGGCAUCCAGAGGGUCCUGUUUGGGAAUAACUUGGUCUUCUGGCUCCACAAGCUGGUGUUUGUGGAUGCCGUGGCCUUUCUUACCGGGAAGAGGCUCUCGUUGUCCCUGGAGCGCUACAUCCUGGUUGAUGUGGAUGACAUCUUUGUGGGAAAAGAGGGCACCCGCAUGAAGGUGCCUGACGUAAAGGUAAGUUUGCGCUGCUGGGAGACGCAGAGGGAGAUGCGCACCCAUGUUCCCCAACUUCACCUCAAUCUGGGCUUCUCAGGAAAAUUCUUUCACGCUGGUAAGGCUCCUCGUACCCUGGGCGAUGACCUCCUGCUUUCCUAUGUGAAGGAGUUCUGGUGGUUCCCUCACAUGUGGAGCCACAUGCAGCCCCAUCUCUUCCACAACCAGUCUGUGCUGGCUGCGAUGCUGCUCAACAAAAAGUUUGCCCUGGAGCAUGGAAUCCCUAUCAACAUGGGAUAUGCUGUGUCACCGCACCAUUCAGGCGUCUACCCAGUCCACUUGCAAUUGUACGACGCCUGGAAGAAGGUUUGGAGCAUCAUGACUAGCACCGAGGAGUACCCGCAUCUCAAGCCGGCCCGCUUUCGGCGAGGUUUUAUUCACAGCGGCAUUAGCGUGCUGCCCAGGCAGACGUGCGGUCUUUUCACACACACCAUCUUCUAUAAAGACUACCCAGGCAGCCCCAAUGAGCUGGACAAAAUCAUCAACGGGGGAGAACUCUUCCUCACGGUUCUGCUGAACCCAAUCAGCAUUUUCAUGACCCAUUUGUCCAACUGGAAUGACCGUCUUGGCCUGUACACCUUUAAAAGCCCUAAUGAGUUUGUCAAGACCUGGACAAAUCUAAAAAUGCAGAUCCCACCAGUGCAGCUGGCCCAGAAAUACUUCAGCCUGUUCCCAUCUGAGAGAGAUCCACUCUGGCAGGAUCCAUGUGAAGAAAGGCAUAAAGACAUCUGGUCCAAGGAAAAAACUUGUGACCGCUUCCCCAAGCUACUUGUCAUUGGGCCUCAGAAGACAGGACAAACAGCGCUCUACCUGUUCCUUAGCAUGCACCCCGACCUGACCAGUAACUACCCCAGCAAGGAGACUUUUGAAGAGAUCCAGUUCUUCAAUGGUCACAACUAUCACAGAGAUGAUUGGUAUAUGGAGUACUUCCCCCUGCCCUCCAAUGCUAGCUCUGACUACUACUUUGAGAAGAGUGCCAACUACUUUGAUUCUGACGUGACUGCUCAGAGGGCCGCAGCGCUCCUGCCCAAAGCCAAAAUCAUCGGCAUCCUCAUCAACCCAGCCGACAGAGCGUACUCUUGGUACCAGCACCAAAGAGCCCACGAUGAUCCGGUUGCAUUGAAAUACUCAUUUCAUAACGUCAUCACUGCCGGCCCCGACAGUCCGGCCAAUCUCCGGGUCCUCCAGAAUCGAUGUUUGGUACCAGGCCGGUACGCUAAUCACCUGGAGCGCUGGCUCAACUACUACCAUUCCAGCCAACUGUUGGUCUUGGAUGGGGAGAUGCUGAAAACUGAGCCCGCCUCCGUUAUGGAUAAAAUCCAAAAGUUCCUAGGCUUAACUAACGUCAUCAACUACCACAAGAUUCUAACAUUUGAUCCCAAAAAGGGGUACUGGUGCCAGCUGCUAGAGGGUGGGAAGACAAAGUGUCUGGGGAAGAGUAAAGGACGCCGGUAUCCUGACAUGGACCCCGAGUCGUUGACGUUCCUCAUGGAUUACUACAGGGAUCGUAACAUUGAGCUGUCAAGUGCUGUACAGAAGGGCCAACCGCUCCCCAGCUGGCUCAGAGAGGAGAUGGUCCACACCAGGUAGCAGCCCAACCAGGGAGACCAUAGUAGUCCAGCACGUCUCGACACGCCUCUGCGCCGCCACCACCACCACGCACUUUCAAGGAGAACGUUACUUGAUAAUAAAGUGAUGAUGGAAGUCAAAGUGUAACACAUUCUGUGAUGGUCCAUGAAGUGUAGUACACAAAUGGGCUGGUGAGCAGGAGGAUUCACAAAUGGAGCGCUCGUCUCUCUGAGCCUCCCGUGAACCUUUCAGUAUGAUGAAUCAGGACCUCAAAAUCCUGAGGAGGAAGCGUGAUGAUGAGGAGGUACCAUCUCUUGCUCGCUCACCCCCGUCUCCCACCGUGGUCGAACCGUCUCUCCCACGCAUGAACUGGAAAGAAAAGAGCAACAAUGUGCCGCGUGCAAAGGCUGAGUUUCAGGUUCAGUCUUCACCGUUUCAGUUCUGGAACCCAGCGCCAACGUGCUGCUGUGUAAAGCACAGAACUUUACGCUGAAGGACAAAAACAACAUUUGUUGUAAAUGCCUUUUGAAAAGAUAAGGACGUUUGGAUAUCUGGCUGCAUGUUGUAGCCUUUUUUGAUAGGCCUUGCUAGAAUCUUGGAAUUUCAUUCACAAAUGCCAGGAACAUAAUCUCCAUGAACUAUUACCAUUUAAAUGUUUAUUUUUUUUAAUUUUUGUUUUAUUUGUUUUGAUUUGCUCAGACAUUGUUCUGUAGUCGUGAUACUUAUAGAAUGUACCGAAACGAAACAACAGAUUCCUUCUUCAGGCCGAAUGCAGAGACGUCAAACUGCUGCGUGCCGUCACUUGACCACUGAAUGGGCGAAGCGGGGAGUGAUGGACUUAUGUCGAAAGCACAAUAUUUAAACGGUACUCAACAUACGUCUAACUGGAUAUAGCACACGAGCAUUUGGUUAACAAGUCCAGUCUGUGAAGAUCAUAAGCUAACUCUCUGUCAGAGACUCAGUGUAAAGAACAAAGUUUCCCACGCUUUUCUUUUCAUUUCUUCUAUUUCAUGUCAUAAAUUAGUCCGCGACGGAGUGUGAAAGGAUGUCUCCUUGGAAAAUGUGUCAAGUUGUCAAGGCAAACCUUCUCACAAUAGGCCCAGCGGCACCGCACCCGACAUAAAUGUUUUGUUUGGGGUUUGAAGGUGUUAUCAUUGCAACUAGAUGUCAAAAACAGAAAACAAAAAGCUGCUCUUACUGCAAUAGUUUUGUACAAGGAUCUGACGUAAGAAAAAAAAAAAAAAAUGCACACAGCAGUCGUUUCUGUUUCUUGACUGUAAAUGUACAUAGCUGGCUCCCCUUUGGUCGACCUAAAUUAUUUGAAUGUGUUUGGCCCUCCAUUGGUGUGCAACGUCAGUGCUGUAGGGAAAUUGAACGCAAUUGUUUCCUCCAGUGUCCUCUCACUGCCAACUGUUGUCUCCAUAAAAAGUAUUAACGUGAUAACACAUAACAGCAAUGAUGGUACUAAUAAUAUCCUGGACUGUAUGAUAAAGAUUUGUAAUUGUUGUCAAUAAUUUUACAGUGUAACUAAUAUUGUCGGUGCUUUUAAUUUGCAAAUAAAACACCACUGUAUUUUUCACAA